AGUUAUGAAAUGAGUCAUUUGCACACAAGAGCAUUUUUAUGGAAAUCUGAGCUCUAUUCAAACGUGGGGUGAUUUUAUAAGCGGUUGAUGCCCGUACCACAAGCCGCGAAGAGAACCCCCAUUAAAAGCAGCGACACUCGUACAUGCGUAAUUUUUAACCAAUUAAUAAUAAUUUGGGAAUACCGUAAUGUUCGAUUGACAUUUCCUCCGCCGAUUACCCAAAAUGCCGAAGUUUAAAGGGAGAGGAAACAAGCAUGGAUCUUAGAGAAAGGGGAGCCUUUUAUUUUCUUUACACACUGUUUUACACCGGCCAUUCUUUUGUUCUUGAUGCAAGGAAUUUUACAAUCUAUAAUGGGCCGGGAGAUAGCUAUUUUGGAUACAGCGUAGGGUUGCUAAAAAAUCCCGACGGCUUUUGGGCCUUAGUGGGAGCUCCACGAGCUGACGACAUUUUCCAGCCCUGGGUGAGGAAACCUGGUGCGCUGUACAAAUGCCUUUACCCCCCUAGAAACAAAUCCAACUGUGAGCAAGUGAAUGUGGACAGUUCGGGGAAUUCCGAGGAAACUAUAAUAUUUCAUCGCAGAAAGAUGCGAUUACAUCACGAUAAAACAGAUCAAUGGCUUGGAGUGUCGUUAGACGUUGAACCUGAAAAUCAGUCAAGCGUCUUGAUUUGUGCUCAUCGAUGGAAAGACAACUAUCUGAAUUUGCACCUGAAUGGGAUUGCUCACAUGAAUGGCAUGUGUUAUCAACUCCAUGCCAAUCUCUCCCAAAAAGCCCGAAAAAUCCCAGCAUUGACAGUCCGCGAAAGACUAGUUAAUCGUCAACGUUACGCAGAAUUUUCCAUGGGAGGACUGGGCAUGUCAGCGAUAUUUUCUGGGAUGUCAGGUUACUUACUUUUGGGUGCACCCGGACUAAAUGAUUGGUCAGGAGGAGCUGUGCUCGAAAAAGAGGGAGUAAACAAAGAUACACUGCAUUAUAUAGAACCACCAAGGACCGUGUACCAGGACUUUCAAAUAGGAACGUCUUUGGCUGUUGGAAAUUAUUUAUUCAGAAGUACAAAAAGCAUUGCUUUAGGUGCACCAAGGUCGGGAAAGGUUCUGAUUUACGAGUGGAUGGACCGGAAAGGAAAACCAACAUACACCAUAGCAAACGAACAGCAGUUUGGAAGUGGUUUUGGAACAGCAUUGUUGACCUACAGAAUCCGCGGUGAACAACUUGAUGACGUUAUAAUCGGAGCACCGUAUUACACAUCAAACAGUGACGUUAACGCAGGAAGAGUCUAUGUCUACAAAUCAAGAGGAAUUUUAGGCUUUGGACUUCUCACAACUCUUAAAGGCAGAUCUUCAGCACAUGCACAAUUUGGAACCUCCAUCGGUCUCCUUGGCGACCUAAAUAACGAUGGGUUUGACGAUAUUGUCGUUGGUGCCCCUUAUGAAGAAAACGGAAGGGGUGGAGUGUACGUUUUUAAUGGUCAUAAAUCGGGAAUAUGGCCGACAUUUUCUCAACAUAUCAAAGCACUUCAUCUUCAUGAAAGCCUAAAAGGCUUUGGGAUCUCAUUUUCACGGCCCAUGGACUUGCAUCUUUACGGAAAGAAAAAAUCUGUUCUCGCAAUCGGUUGCCAUCGGUCUAGCAAUACUGUUGUUCUACAGAACAGGGACGUCCUCCACAUCGAAACUAAUGUUGAAGUUUCAAAGAUAAAAUCAAAUGUCUGUGACCAUUGUGCGCCUUUCAAAGUCUGUUUCAACCUCACACUACCAACACGACAAGGUGACUUUUCACCUGUGUUCUUGAAUUUCACUGCAACCAUUAGCAAACACAAUAUGCGGCAUAGUGCAUUCUUAGACGAGAACAUGCAGACGAACAGUCAACAGACAUCAUUAGAGGAGUCCAUUAUUCUGAAAGACAGUCACGUCACGUGUUCGAAACAGUUUUAUAUCAUACUCAAAGACACUCCUGAGAUACAAAUAGUGGUCACACGUGUGCUGCAAAACACAUCAACACCUAUUGUUUUAAACAAAUUCCAGGGGAGCUGGGAUAAGCCAAUCGUGCCAUCAAGUUUCAAAUACAAGUUUCUUUACAAUGAUUUUUGUGGGAAUGGAAACAAAUGCAGCAGUGUUCCAAAAAUGCAGCAGAAAUGGGAAAACUUGGAGAAUUUCCACCUUGUCAUUGACCCAGGAAUAGUGUCCUUAACAAUUACAGUAUCAAACGACAAUACUCCAUCUAUUGACCUCAUUUUCAUGCAACAUUUUCCCGCAAAAAUGCAUCUCCUGCGAACAUUGAAGACGAAUUCUAACCGAACACUUCCCUGCAUAGUACAAAGGUCUGCAAAUGAACAGCACAGCUUGAGAUGCUUUGUUGGAAAUAUUGCAGAAAAUGAAUCGGUGAUCUUCAGACUUCAGUAUAUGAUUGAGGAGCCCUUGGCAGAUAUUUCUAAAAUAAAUAUUCAAAGUAGUCUUACCACAAACGUUUUGAAAGCUGAGGAGAAACUGGUGUUCGAAAAUUACACUGUGAAGACUGCUCGUCGUUUGUAUGCCGAUAUCAAAAGGUAUUCAAGACCGACAAACUUCCUUCUUCUAAAUACUCACAACGAACUGUGGAGCAAAUUUAGUUACGGGUAUUUUCUAACCUUACUGUAUCCUGGUAAAGUGGAGAACAUAUACUUUCUGAUUCCACUUCUGAAGGACAAAAUAUCACUGACUAGCUCUAAGGUGGAUAUCCAAUAUGGAAAGGCAGAAAUGAAAUGUACAUGGGGAAAUUUUACCCCGGAAAUAAAUGAACUGGACUGGACAAAAUCUCUAAGGACUUGUACUUAUGGUCAUUGUGAUUUGCUGUCGUGUGAAAUUAAGCCAUCAUCUACCUUCCUUCUUUUAUCGGCUUCAUUUUACCUCUCUGUUAAUUCGAUGAAAUGGUCAUCCAUCGCAGAAAUAAUGGAACAGCAAUAUUCCUCAGAAAUGUGUUAUAAAAGCAGAUAUGUCGUGCUUGGAGAAAACCCUUUGUGUAGAAGUGUAACAAUUCUGAUUAAAGACGUUUCCCAGCAUGGACUGGAUGGGCGUGUCCAUUAUUGGUUUAUCACUCUCGCUGUGUUUGUAGGAGUUGCCAUUCUUGUGCUUAUAACUUGUAUUUUCUGGAAGUGUGGUUUCUUUCAUCGAAGAGCUCGCCACGAAUUGAAACUGAAAAUUGAAAUACGAAAACUGAGUACCGCCAACUUACUACAAGUACCAAAUGCGAGAGACUCAUCUGAAGAGACAGACAGUGAAACAUUCGUGUUGACGCCAUAUCCUAGCGGAAGUGACGAAACACAGAUUUUGACACCUCCUCCCAGUUAUCGGGAUGCGAUUCAAAGGACUUCAAACUCUUCUACAGAAUGUUUCUUUACUUAUGAUGAUGAUGAUGGGUACCUGCAGCCAGUGUUUUGUCAGUAAGGCGACUGAACUAUUUCAAAUAGUGUGUUCAGACAUUAAGAAUGCAAAUGUUACUAAAUUUGGCGGAAUUAAGGGGGAACUAAAAAGACCUCCUCCCUUGCCGCCCCAUGUUUUACAUGUGUUUCAUAUACUGAAACGUAAAAAUUGUACUGUCCGUGCGAGUCUUAUGUGUUGAACUACAUUGUCUACUUGAAUAAUGAAAUAUGCUAAGUACGUGUAUGUAAGUUAAAACUGAAAAUGAGAAAAAGUAUUAUGAUACCACUAAAAAGGGGGUAUUGAUAACUGAGAAUUACCUGAUGAGAAUCAUUCACUAAAUUGUUACGAAAUCUUUGGCCUGCACACACUGGGGGCCUAUAAGCGGCUUCCUGGCCCCUUGGUCAUCUCUUGCAAAAUCAAGUAUUUCCGUGUAUGUUUAUUAGUACUUUUGUCUAAAUAUUGCAUGAUUAUAUCCAAACCUCUGUGAAGUAAUAAAACUACGAAAAACAAUUAAUGUUCUAUGCAAGGUUCCACUUUAUGUUAAGAUGGAACUUUGUUCACAUUGGUUCUUUUAAUAUUCAAUUAUCACCUACAUAUUGUGUUUAAUAAAUCAAUAAAAAUAUC